GUAAAUAUAAGUCGAGGAAGAAGAAUACAUCUUUGUUGCAACUGAAUUGGAGUAGUCAUGAGUGGAUGUCCGUACUUUGAGAAGAGGCAUUUGUUAUUCAAAAACAAACCUCCCAUAGAGGAAGAUGACGAUGCCUCACAGGCAGGGGUUAACAAGGCCAGUAAAGGAGGAAUCAUCUACGGAGACUACCUGCAGCUUGACAAAAUAGUCACGGCCCAGGUGCUGCAAAGUGAACUGAAGGGCAAUAAAAUCCACGAUGAGCAUCUCUUCAUCGUCACCCAUCAAGCCUAUGAACUGUGGUUCAAACAGAUUUUGUUUGAACUUGAUUCAGUGCGAGAGAUCUUUAUCAGUGGACACGUUCGAGAUGAACGUAACAUGCUGAAAGUCAACACUCGCACACACAGGAUCGUAAUGAUCUUCAGACUGCUGGUCGACCAGUUUGCAGUUUUGGAAACAAUGACAGCCUUGGACUUUUUUGACUUCAGAGAAUACUUGGCUCCAGCCUCUGGCUUCCAAAGCCUUCAGUUUCGGAUCCUGGAAAACAAAAUCGGAGUGCCAGAAAACUUGAGGGUCCCAUACAACAGACGACAUUACAGGGACAAUUUUAAGGGCCAUGAGAGUGAGAUGCUGCUCGCCACUGAAAAGGAGGCAACACUCCUCAAACUGGUGGAGGAAUGGCUGGAGAGAACUCCUGGCUUAGAGGUGGAUGGAUUCAAUUUCUGGGCAAGGCUGGAAAUCAAUAUAUUUGAUGGGUUGAAUCUGGAGAAGGAGAAAAUUGAGAAAAUGUCAGACUCUGAAGAGAAGGAGGAGCUGAUGGCUGAGCUGGUCAAACAGAGAGAGAUCUUCACAUCUCUGUUUGAUGAAAAGCGUCAUGACCACUUGGUCAGCAAAGGUGAGAGGCGUCUCUCUUACAAGGCUUUACAAGGUGCUCUUAUGAUCUACUUCUACAGGGAGGAGCCGAGGUUCCAGGUUCCCUUCCAGCUGCUCACAUACCUCAUGGACAUCGACACCCUCAUGACAAAAUGGAGAUACAAUCAUGUGUGCAUGGUGCAUCGUAUGAUUGGCAGCAAGGCAGGCACAGGGGGUUCAUCUGGCUACCAGUACCUGAGAUCUACUGUCAGUGACCGCUACAAAGUGUUUGUGGAUCUGUUCAACCUGGCAACUUUCCUGAUUCCUCGGAGCUGGGUGCCCAAGCUGAAUCCCAACGUUCACACUUUCCUGUACAUGGCAGAGUGCUGCGACAGCUCCUACUGCAGCAGUGAGGACUCAGACUAGACUGUGCCGUC